AGUGUUCCUAAAUUUCAGAGUCUACAAUUGCUGUGAUUAGCUGCUACAUAGAUCUGAAGUUUACAAAAGUGAAAAUAAUCAAAUACGAUGAAAUCUUAUAUAACUGGGAUGAAUUUGAGUUUCUUAUCGUUGACUACAAAGUGCAGCUAUAUAAUCUGUUAAUGGUUUUACUAGGUAUGUUAGAAGCGAAAGUUCUUGUGAGUUUUGAUCAAGAUAAAACUUAUAUGAAGACAUUGAAGUCUCGGGAUAUGCUUGAACUAAAUGGUUACUUUGUUUAAUGCUCAUGAAUGAAUGAUCUCAGCACCGACUCUCUUGAGCAGAAAACAUUAGUUUGUCUGGUAUUGAUUUUUGACGAGCCAUAGUUUUUGCUUGGUUAAUUAGUAUCGAGGUGACCCCAUACGGCCUUAAAAUGAUUGCACUACAGUUUGAAUUAACUACUAAAAUCUUCACCUCUACUUCGCAUUUCUCUGUCCAUUUGUUUAUUUCACCAGUGUUACAGUCUUUUCUGCACAGUGACUCUUCUAGAACUUCAUGUCAUAAUGAUAGUAGCCACCAAUUUGUUUUCUCUUGCUUUAUUUAUUUGUCACACUUCAAAGCAGUGAAAUGAUGCUGGAUCCUGGGUCUGUUUAUAGAAAAUUCCUCAAGUCAUCUAAUCUGAGAGCAGAACCUAUGUAUUCAUCAAAAAGUUGCUGAUUCGUGAUGCCAAUCUUCAGAUUCGUGCUGGAAUACGGAACUUACUUAUGCAGUAUAAAAUUUUACUGAAAGUAACAACAUGUAAUCUUGCAAGAGAGGCUUUGGAUUUACUCCGAGAAAGAAAGGAUGGAUUUGACAUUGUUAUCAGUGAUGUCAACAUGCCUGACAUGGAUGGUUUCAAGCUUCUAGAGCAUGUUGGGUUAGAAAUGGAUCUUCCCGUGAUAAUGACGUCUGUUGAUGGAGAAACAAGCAUGGUGAUGAAAGGGGUUCAGCAUGGUGCAUGCGAUUAUCUUCUUAAACCAAUAAGAAUGAAAGAGCUUCGAAAUAUAUGGCAACAUGUGUUCAGAAAAAGGAUACAAGAGGUGAAAGAUAUCGAAAGUCAUGAAGGCCUAGAAGAAAUUCAGAUGAUGGGAAACAGUAUGGAACAAUCUGAUGAUGGCUACUUGUUCUGUGGAGCCGAUCUAAUUUCAGGAAAGAAAAGAAAAGACGCUGACAACAAGCAGGACGAUAGACAUUAUGGUGAUCCAUACUAUGUUAAGAAAGCUCGGGUGGUUUGGACUGUCGAACUUCAUCAGAAGUUUGUGAAAGCUGUCAAUCAGUUUGGAUUUGAUAAAGUUGGCCCUAAGAAAAUACUCGACUCGAUGGGAGUGCCCUGGUUAACGAGAGAAAACGUUGCUAGCCACUUGCAGAAGUAUCGCCUCUAUUUAAGUCGGUUGCAGAAAGAAAACAAGCUAAAAGCCUCAUUUGGUGGGAUGAAGCAAUCGGACAUCUCAAAAGACACUGCCGGUAAUGUUUGCCUUCAGAUUUCAAGCAAUGCAUCACGAAAUAUCGUUACAAAUGGAAGCUCUGGUAUUUGUGGAAGCAAGGUCCCUAUUAAGAAUGUUGAUUCCAAAAUUUGUGUGGAGGAUAUGAAGAUUGCUUCAGUGCAGAUGGCUGAACCUAAGGAAGCUCUAAUUGGAGACAUAACCGAUCCUCAGAAAAGCAGCAAUUCAAGAACGGGCCUCAACCACUCUUUCGGACAAAUUGGUUUGGAUGUGAAAUACGAACCUAAGAUCCUGACUCAGUAUUCUUGGACAGAAGUUCCACCUGUUCAGUUCGAGCAAGAACACAUGCCACAUUUCCAUCGUUCAGUAGUCCUUUUUUUUUUUUUUAAAUAGGAUUGAGAAUUAACCAUAUCACAAGAAUAUUAGUUUAAAGGGACAUGAUAUUUUUAGUAUUGAUAUAUUUAGAUCAUUCAAAACGUGA